GGGUGUCCGAGCUCAGCUUCUUCAGCUCCGCGGCUGCCUGGAGGUGGCGCAGGCCGGCCGCCGGACUCGUCUUCAGCAGGGAGCUCCAGUCCAGGAGCUGGGGCAGCUCUCGUCGCUCCUGGUUCCGCUGAACCCCUGUCCACGACCUGGGUCGGGCAUGUUUUCCAGGGCCCAGGUGAAGCGGAUCCUGCAGCGGGUGCCCGGGAAGCAGCGACUCGGCGUUUACAGGUUCCUGCCCUUCUUUUUUGUCCUGGGAGGAACGAUGGAGUGGAUCAUGAUUAAACUGCGCGUGGGCCAGGAGACCUUCUUGACUGAAGGGGAGUGGUGGUGCCAGGUGCCCAUGAGAGAGCCAGGUGCCCAUUGUGGCAAAUGGCGUAAGCCCCAAAGGAAGAGGGUGAAGAAUCUGCAGUGUCGAAGGGCAGCUGCUGAGAACAAGGGAACUCACCUCACCUCCCCACCCUGAGUUCCUGGUGUAGAUGAUGUCUACCGUAGAAAAGCCUCAGAACGACAGUAUCAGAGAAGGCUGGAAAAUGCAUCGGAGACUGUACUUCAGCCGUCAA